UGUUUCUUUUCCUCCUCUCUGUCCUCGGUGCUUACAAAGAGCCAGUGAGGUUUGCAGAGAGAGAGAGACUGGGGGAGGAGGAAGAAUUAAGUAAGGGAAAAGAUGGCGAGUUGCAGGAGUAGCGUGGAGAAAGCAACAUUUUUGUGCUGCUUCUUGCUGGUAAUGGGGAUCCUAACCUCCUGCGCCCGGCCUGAGGAGGAGGAAGAGCAAGAAGAGCAGCGCUCCUGUCACGGUGCCUUUGAUCUCUACUUCAUCCUGGAUAAGUCUGGAAGUGUUAGAAAUCAUUGGACUGAGAUAUAUUCUUUUGUGGAAAGCCUAGCUGAGAAGUUCAUAAGUCCAAUGCUGCGGAUGUCUUUCAUCGUUUUUUCUUCACGAGGCACUACAGUCAUGAAACUAACAGAAAACAGGGAAGCCAUAAGACGAGGGCUCAACAUUCUUCAGUCUGAAGUGCCUGGAGGAGACACAUUCAUGCAUGAAGGAUUUAAAAGGGCAAAUGAGCAGAUUUACCACGAAACCUAUGGAGGAGUUCGGACUGCUAGUGUGAUUAUUGCUCUCACGGAUGGAGAAUUGCAAGAUGUUCAGUUUUAUUAUGCUGAACAAGAAGCCAACCGAGCCAGAAGCUUUGGCGCUAUAGUUUAUUGUGUUGGAGUGAAAGAUUUCAAUGAAACGCAGCUGUCAACAAUUGCUGACAGCAUCAAUCAUGUUUUUCCAGUUACGGGAGGCUUUUAUGCCCUAAGAGGCACCAUUGAUUCAAUUCUCAAGAAAUCUUGCAUUGAGAUCCUAGCAGCUGAACCAUCGAGUGUUUGUGCAGGAGAGUCCUUUCAAGUUGUGGUAAGAGGCAACGGCUUUUAUCAUGCGAGAAAUAUCGACCAGGUACUCUGCAGCUUCAAGCUCAAUGACAGCCUUACUAUCAAUGAAAAGCCAACUCUUGUUCAUGAUACUUACUUACUUUGUCCUGCCCCAGUGAUAGAAGAUGCUGGACAGGUGGUUUUCUUACAAGUCAGCAUGAACAACGGGCUAACGUUCAUCUCCAGCUCUGUCAGCAUCACCAGCACACAGUGUCUGACUGGGACCAUCCUUUUCAUUGUUCUCCUGGUUCUCUUUCUGCUGCUGGCUCUGGCUCUUCUGUGGUGGUUCUGGCCCCUUUGCUGCACAGUGGUGAUCAAGGAGCCGCCACCACCACCACCUCCAGAGCCUGAAUCGGAUGAUGAAGAUGGAUUGCCAAAGAAAAAGUGGCCAACCGUGGACGCAUCUUAUUAUGGAGGUCGAGGUGUUGGUGGGAUUAAGAGGAUGGAGGUGCGAUGGGGAGACAAGGGAUCAACAGAGGAAGGAGCAAAAUUGGAGAAGCCCAAAAAUGCUAUAAUUAAAUUGCCAGAACAGGAGUAUGAGCCAUGGGAACCCAAGCCAAAGAAGCCCCAUGUGAGAAAACCACCUUCCCAGCGGAAAUGGUACACUCCGAUCAAGGGCAAACUUGAUGCACUGUGGGCUUUGGUUCGACGAGGCUAUGAUCAAGUCUCUCUUAUGAGACCGCAACCAGGGGACAAGGGAAGAUGCAUGAACUUCACCCGAGUGAAAUCGGAUGGAACCUCUGCCCCUUACAGCCCACCACCAAAGCUGCCACGGCGUGAGGAGGUUCCUCUCAACAACGCUCCAAGGAAUCAUUCUCCUCCUGUGUCUCUGCAGCCUCCCUCCAGGCAGCCACCUCCAGGACCACCCCCAUCCCGAGUGCCUCCUGGACCUCCUCCUUCACGCCCACCACCACAGCCCAUGGCUUAGAGUGCAGCAAAACCCUGAUCGACAAAACGUGUCUCUUUGCUGAACGCAGCAUAUUUAUUGAGUAUUGGUUUACAGUUAAAGAUAUCAGAAUUUGUUGCUGGUCAGCAAAAAAAGAAGAAAAAAUGAAAAAAAAAAAAAAAGGAAAAAUUGCCAAGUGUCAAUUUUAGUGUAUGAAUAUAUUUAUACCACACGUGCUGAGUAAACAUUCAGUGGAUAGAUUCAGAGCUAUGGGGUAUAGAAACAAACCAAAGUGAAUCAUCUAGAUACAGUAGCAGCUUUAUGUGUAUACAGUUGAAGAUCUAUUUACAUAUGACAUUUGUCUGGCUUGGUAUGUCAAAUCAUUCAUUAAUAACUUUAGCCGGUACAUGUGCAUCAGCUGUUUUGAUAGCUGCCACCUGCAAGUUGGUUAAACAUAGUUCAUUGAGAAAUUUGCUUUCUUUUCCCCAACAAUACUGCAUCCAGAUGAUAAUAUGGAACAAUAGUUGCAAAGAUAACUUUCUGCCUUUGGUUCUGCAGGUGGAAUUUCCUUGGAAGUUUAUAAGAAGGCGAUAGCAAUAAUGAGGUAAAAUGAGACUAUGUGCCAAUAAUCAAGCAACAGUAAUGUAGCAUGGAAGAGGAAUAUCUUCUUCUGCUAAGAAAAUUGGGUUUGAACCUGCCAUCUCUGCAUAUGUUUAGACUCGGUUGCGUAGGAUAGCCACUGAUGGCCAGGGUUCAGAUUUGUCCAAAGUUCAGAGGAAUUUUGA